UGAACUCAUUCCACCUGGUUUCCUUUUGCUUGAAAAACUCUUCAAAUUUUAUCCACCAAAUUUAUUUGUAAAAAUCUGUUAUUUUCACCAAUUUUUACCCAAUUUUAUCACUAACUCACCAAUCCAGUUCCCCUUUUAACAACUAUCCUCCAAUUUUUUCCUCUUAUAGAGACAUUUGUUCUCAAAAUCUUAUUUUUCACCAAAUUUGGAGCAGUUUUAUUGGAAAUCUUAAUCUGGUAUUGGGUUUUUUGAAGCUAAUUAUUUGGUGGUUUUUAUAGAGUAAGAAGGGAUUUUUGGAGAGAAGAGGGGAUUUUUGGAGUGAGAAUGGCAAGGGCAUGGAGUAGCGGAAGGAGAGUUUUAGGGGAUUACAUAGUGGGUGAACAGAUUGGAUCUGGUUCUUACUCCGUUGUGUGGCGUGCUACUCAUAGAGUCCAUGGCUAUGAGUACGCAAUUAAAGAGAUAAACAUGGAGAGGCUCAACAAAAAGUUACAGGAAAGCCUUCUCUCUGAGAUCGUCAUAUUGAAGACGAUCAACCACCCCAAUAUCAUACGCUUACAUGACAUAAUUGAGACGUCUGGAAGGAUACAUCUGGUAUUGGAGUUCUGCAAAGGAGGCGAUCUUUCUAUGUAUAUAAAUCGUCAUGGAAGAGUUCCUCAAGCAACUGCAAAACACUUCCUGCAGCAGCUUGCUGCUGGUUUACAAGUUCUUCGUGAGAACAAUGUUAUACAUCGGGAUCUAAAGCCACAGAACCUCCUCCUUUCAACAAAUGACAGCCAUUAUGUAUUGAAGAUUGCAGAUUUUGGCUUUGCGAGGUCUCUUCAUCCUCGAGGUCUUGCAGAGACAUUGUGUGGUUCGCCUCUCUAUAUGGCACCAGAGAUUAUGCAGUUUCAGAAGUAUGAUGCAAAGGCAGACCUGUGGAGUGUUGGUGCUAUACUCUAUCAGCUUGUUACUGCCAAAACCCCAUUCUCUGGGAAUGAUCAGAUCCAGUUAUUGCAAAAUAUAAAGACAAGUGAAGUGCGGUUUCCUUCAGAUUUAAAGGAGUUGGGCCCAGAUUGCAUCGACUUGUGCCAAAAAUUGUUACGCCGUAACCCAGUGGAGCGAUUGACAUUUGAAGAGUUUUUCAACCACCCAUUUCUUUCUCACAAUCACUUGGAGGAGCCAAUGAGGACAGAGCACAAUUCAAGUGAUGGUUUCUCUUCCUCUCGAUGCAGUCCAGCAAGACAAGCCGAAGAGAGUUCUCAAGAGGACUGUUUACCUUUCCUCUUGGAUGAUGAUACCAAUGCACCUGGCAGCCCCCCAUUUACUUCUAGAAGAGCCUCAGUGCCUUGCACCUCUUCACGGUUGAAAACUGUACUUAACAAAAGAACUACUCCUAACACUUCCACUGGCUCUGAUGUCUAUUCUAGAGAGAGAAACAUCAAUUAUAAAGUGGAAAAUGAUACUUAUAGGCAAAUGCAAAACAAUAGAGCUUCAGGUCAGAUUCCUCAGGAACCCACUGCAGCCAUGGAGCAAAGGCAUUUGGAGGUUUCUCCAAAAGUAGUGGAUUCAUUGGAGUUAAGUGAUCAGGAUUAUGUCUUUGUGUUGGGCCCAUCAAUGGAAGUUUCAUCGUCAUCAGGAAGUGCUUCUCGGCUUGGCCAUUCUCCUGUAAAAUCAAUGGGUUCUCCUAGAACAUUAGCAAGGACCACUAGUAUAAGUGCACCUAUGCCAAUCGUUGGUGCAACAGUGGGCAGGACUUGUGGAAUUGGAAGCCUUGAAAGCCAUAGCUCUGCUCUGUCAGGAGCUUCGCAAGGAUCAAUGGACAUGGGAGAUGUUUCAGAGCAGCCAUCAACUGAUUGCUUGACAAGGUUUAGGUCGUUGCAACAAUGUGCCCAUGCAAUAACAGAGUUGGUGCGUGACAAGAUUGAUGGGACGAAACAGUUGGAAGCUUUCUCUAUUCAGCUGGUAAACCUAGCAAUCUGGAAACAAGCGCUCCAUAUAUGCCAUACCCAGGCUGCAUCAGCCGUAGAAGGAAGUCCAUCUCAAGGGAGUAUAGCAAAGGGAGGUUUGGUUAACAAGCAGCAAAACCCUAACUCAGUGGAAGCCCCUGGAGGUGUUGAUUUUCUAGGGAUAGCAGCCAUUGGGUCUCAUACUGAAAGAGAAUUCCUCGUUGAAGUUGGGCGUGCUGAGGAGCUUGCUGGUUGUCUUGGGCCAAUAGAUGGAAGCACAGAGAUGCCAGAUCCAAUGGAGAUUAUAUUCCAAUCCGCCCUUGCAUUAGGCAGGACUGGCGCUGUGGAUGAACUGAUGGGCGACAUAGACAGUGCAGUAUUGCUUUACUCGAAGGCAGUUCGCUUAUUGUUCUUUCUUUUGGUGGAAGCACCUUCUCUCAUACUCAACCCCCCCUUCUCUCUCACUAACUCGGAUCGCUUUCGGCUCCGCAGUUACAUUGAUAUCCUCAACAACAGGCAAAGCCAGUCUAGGUCUCAAAGGAUGGCCCUCCUUAAGUAUGAAGACCAACCCAGUCUUUGAAACAAAAUUCAUCUGUUUGCAUUUCUCAUUUCUCAUUGUAAAUCCAUUGAUUUGUACAGUAAUUCUUUGACCCCUGACAAUUGAUGACUGUUAAGGUAUAGCAUAAUUAAAUCACUCCCUCUUAUCUUGUGAAUUUUUAAAGCCAGGAAGGGAACUCUGCAGAUUCAAUUGUUUUAUGAGUCCAUUUGUAUUGGGCCUCCCUUAUGAAAGGCUUUUUGCUCUUUAAGGAUAUAUUAAGAGUACAUUUUCCUGUACUUUGGAUUCAGCGAUAUGCCCGAAUGGCUCUCUCAAAGAUUGUAAGACACUGUUCUGAAUGGCAUCACAGAUGAUAUCUUGGGCU